ACGAGAACACCUAAGAAGCGAUCCUAACCUUAACGUUAAUAUGAGCAAUUAUCCGCCGCAUGUCAACCUUCGUCCAAGUUCUGAUGAAUUCCAAUAUGUUAUAUCGGAUUCCAUAAUAGUAUGA